AAUAAGGUCAGCAUUUAAUCAAAAAAAUGGAUGGCACAAGGGCCGCAGAGGUUCUUGCUCUACUUCAAGAACGUCUUGCAAUACUUCCUGGUGGUCGAGAUCGCCGAGGAGGACCUGUUUUGCUAUUUCCAACAACGCCAAAACGAGACCGGGCAAAACCCGAGGACUAUCGACGUCUUUUACAAUAUCUUCUAACCAUUCCAAAUGAUGAGACGAGAGGACUGCGUUUUACAGUCGUCGUGGAUAUGCGAGGUGCUACUUGGGACUCUGUCAAACCGAUUUUGAAGGUACUGCACGAGCACUUUCAUCGAUCGGUCCACGUUGCAUAUAUCAUCAAACCAGAAAAUUUCUGGCAGAAACAGAGGACUUCGUUGGCCAAACAGAAGAAGUACAACUUUGAGAUUAAUCCUAUUAGUUUAGAGGCCCUGGCCAAAGUCAUAGAUCCCUCUCAGCUCACUGUUGACUUGGAUGGCUCUCUUCAGUACGACCAUGCUCAAUGGAUAGACACUAGACUCGCCGUCGAAGACUUUACCUGGCAGGCGGCGGAUCUUCUAGACCGACUCGAUGAUUUGCAGGAAGAUCUCAGUCGCAAUGACUUUGCUGAUGACGUGGGCGGCGCCAAGCAUGGAAUCGAUCUGCACAAUGAGAUGAAAAAGAAAAUAAUGAAAGUUCCAGUUGAGGAGGUAGAAGUCGUCGGCCAGAGAUUGCUGCAACGUUUUAAUAAUGGUGUAACAGGAAAUGGAGGUGAAGGUGGAAGUAUAGAAUCGGGUGCGAGUGGUGGUUCCGAUCCCGAUGGACGAGCUUUAGCCACAAUGGUGAUUCAGCAUCUCGACUCGGUGCAUGCAGCUCAGCAGCACCUUCUCCAACUCUGGCACAUCAAAAAGAUGAAGCUGGACCAGUGCUUUCAGCUCCGUCUCUUUGAGCAGGACUGCGAGAAGAUGUUCGACUGGAUUUGCCACAAUCGGGAGAGCUUCCUCGCCAACUAUGUCGAGAUUGGCCGAUCCUAUCAGCUCGCCAAGAAUCUCCAGGAAGAGCACAAACAUUUCACCAUGAGCUCGAUGAAUGUCUAUGUGAACAUCAAUAAAAUUCUGACAAUGGCGGGCAGAUUGCUGGAAACUCAGCACUACGCUGCUGGACAUGUGCGAGCAGUCGCGGGCCGAUUGGAUCGAGCCUGGAAGGAAUUUGCUGCCGGUCUCGAUGAGAGAACGGCAGUUCUGGGACUGAGUGUCGUUUUCCAUCACAAGGCGGAACAGUAUGUUGACAGUGUCUCCACUUGGAGUCAAGCUUGCGACACGCCAAAUUUGCCCAACGAAAUACCUCUUCUUGAAUCUCAUAUUCGACAGCAUCAGACUCUCUAUGAAGCCAUGUGUCAGGCCUAUACUGAAGUCUACAAUGCCUACCAAGCACUUUUGAGCGGACUGGGUUCGAUGCUGCAAGUAUGUCAUAGCUCAAGUACAGCUGCUGCAGGCUCGGACGUCUUUCGCGACGAUUAUGUUCAUAGUACCAGUAAGAAGCUUCUUUACCAACUGGAUCAUCUCGUGCAAGUCUGUAAUCAACCUCAGGGGAUUGACCACGCAACCAGAAAACAUAACCAGGAUAGUCACGGAAUGGAUAAUCGCGGUGGAAUGAGUGGAAAUCCUGCGGCAGAUUAUAGUGAGGGAGCCUCACACGUUCUUGCUGUGAUUCAUCAAAUUUUGGGUCAUCACAGAGCACUCGAGGCUCGCUGGCAUGCUAGGAAAAUUAAACUCCAUCAACGUCUAGCUUUAAGGCUCUUUCAAGAAGAUGUGAAGCAAGUCUUGGACUGGUUGACCAAUCAUGGUGAAGUAUUUAUUAGGAAAAACACCGGGGUCGGACGAAAUCUUCAAAAAGCGAGGGUCUAUCAAAAGAGUCACGAGCACUUUGAAAAUGUGGCCCAGAAUACUUAUACAAAUGCAACGAAACUUUUGACUGCUGCCGAAGAGCUUGCUCACACUGGAGAGUGCGCUCCAGAUGAAAUUUACGCAGUCGCUCAAGAACUUGAAGCUCAUGUGAGCAGUUUUGCCGCAAGAGUUGAGCAACGCCGUCGAAGAUUAGACUUGGCAGUUGUCUUUUACACUCACGAAAAGGAACUCGCUGGUUGGGUAGAUGAAUUGAGGCAAGAGUUGCAGCAGGACGAAGUGGCCGAAAGUCUGGACACUGCCGAGAGACUUCUCGACCAAUGCGCCCAGCACAGAUCGUCCUGUCUCGAAGCCUGCACCUCGACAAUCGCUCAGGGUGAAGCUCUCCUGCAGGAGUUGCGAGACUCGAACGAGGUUGCCGACACAAGUGGUUCCGUGCCUGCCGUGGAGGCAGCCCUCGAUCGACUCUCCGGCCUCCGACAAGAACUCGAGGAACUCUGGGCGACGAAGAAGCUGCGACUCGAGCUCUGUUUGCGAUUGCGUGUUUUCGAGAGAGAUGCUCUAGAAGCGAGCGGUCAGCUGGAGAUGUGGGCCCAGGAACUUCAGGCACCGCCACGAGAAGGAUCGCCCGAUCAGCUGCUGCGAGUUCACAACGACAGUGUCGCGCAUAUGCAGAAUACGGCCUUUCAAGUUCUGCAGCAGGGACAGGAACUCGCUCAAGUCCUGGAUCAGGCGGGUGUCUGCAUCAUGGCGGAUGGGCAGCACACGGCCGCUGCGAGGGUUCAAGUGCUUCUCGAAUUUUUGAAUGAACGGGAAAUGGAUGCGGAAGAUCUGGCGGAAAUGCGCCGUGUCAGAUUGGAGCAAACUGCCCAGUUGGUGCAAUUGCAGGCGGAUGCUCAGCAUGUGGUCAACUGGAUUCGGAAUGGCGAGGCGAUGCUUCUGGCUUCCUUGCGAGUUCCGGAACAUCUCCAGGAUGCGGAGCAACUGAGGCUCGAGCAUGAGCAGUUUCAGGUUGCUAUUGAGAAGACUCACACUUCGGCAGUUCAGGUAAAGCACAGGGUAGACGCCUUAGUUAGCGCAAAUCACUACGAUCCAAAAAGUAUUCGCGAAGUGGCUGAGGACGUGACUAAAAGGUGGCAGGCGCUCGUUACUUGUGCGGAGGAAAGACACAAGCUCGUUACAGCAAGCAUAAAUUUCUAUAAAACUGCAGAACAAGUUCGCUCCGUGUUGGACAGUCUCGAGCGAGAAUAUAGAAGAGACGAAGACUGGUGUGCUAAUGGAGAAAAAGGUGUGCAAGUGCUUACUUUAGUGGGAAAGCAUCAGGAACAGAAGGAAGCAUUCUUGAAAGCCUGUACUUUGGUACGUCGGACAGCUGAAACUUUUCUAAAAUACACAAAUCGGAGUCUGCAGUUCUACAGUUAUCAAGCAACUGGCUCCGAAAAUAAAGUUAAAAGUAUUCUUGAGGAACUGCUGAGUAAAGAGAAUAAGGUACUCGAGUAUUGGACCCAAAGGAAAAAACGCUUGGACCAGUGCCACCAAUACUCUGUUUUGGAUCAUAGCGCCAAGCAAACUCUUGAAGGGAUGAGAGAGAAGGUAGAAUAUCUCACAUUGCACACCAGCGUUGGCAAGAACCGUGCCGAGAAUGAGCAGCUACUUGACGAACACAACACCUUCAAGGCGGGAGUUAAGGAAACGAGAGAAAGAGUGAAGCUGCUGUUUGAACUUGCGGACAAAAUUGCACUAGAUAAGGAUCAUUUUCACAUUGCCGCAAUCAAGCAAUAUGUCGCGGAAGUAGAUCAACGAUUUAAGGAGUUCAGCAUGCGGAUGGACUGUUAUAAAGCUCAGAUUGAGGACGAUUUGGGAAUACAGUCCGAUGAAAGUCACAAAGAUAUAUCUAUUGACAGAAAUUCGGAUCCGUUGUUAGAGGAGAAAAUCAAAGGGAAGGACUUGAAGGAGCUGAACGAGGAAAAGAGGAGAUCCGCUAGACGAAAAGAAUUUAUAAUGGCUGAACUCCUACAAACGGAGCGUACUUAUGUCAAGGAUUUGGAAACUUGUAUACGAUGCUUUCUGGAGGAGACUAGAAAUGGGAGGGGAAAUGUUCCACAUGGCCUGCAAGGACGAGAGUCUAUUAUUUUCAGCAAUAUGGAAGAGAUUUAUCGUUUUCACUGUGAUAUAUUUUUGCGAGAACUUGAGAAAUACGAGACGAUGCCUGAGGAUGUUGGACAUUGUUUUGUCACCUGGGCUGCAAAGUUCGACAUGUAUGUGAUGUACUGUAAGAACAAGCCAGAGAGCAAUCAAUUGUUGGUUGCGCAUGGCGGCAAUUGGUUCGAAGAUUUACAACGAAAGCACAGAGUCGAACAUCCAAUUGCUGCGUACUUAAUCAAACCAGUGCAGAGGAUUACGAAGUAUCAGCUGCUGUUGAAGGACCUUCAGGCUUGUUGCCAGGAAGGUCAGGGAGAAAUCAAAGACGGCCUCGAAGUGAUGCUGAAUGUGCCUAAAAAAGCAAACGAUGCCUUACACUUAAGCCUACUGGAGGGAUGCGAUGUCAGAUUAGAUACCCUCGGAGACGUGGUUCUUCAAGACGCAUUCACAGUUUGGGAUCCUAAGCAGCUAAUCAGAAAGGGCAGAGACAGACAUAUUUUCCUCUUUGAGCUCUAUCUUCUUUUUAGCAAAGAAGUAAAGGACUCUGCUGGCAAGGUGAAAUAUAUUUAUAAGAGUAGACUGAUGACAUCCGAGUUGGGUGUCACCGAACACAUAGAAGGGGACGAGUGUAAAUUUGCGGUGUGGACGGGCCGGGCGCCGACGAGCGACACUCGUGUCGUUCUGCGAGCGAAUUCCCUGGAAGCGAAGCAGCUUUGGGUGAAGAGGCUCCGCGAGGUGAUCCAGGAGACUUACUUUAGUUUGAGCAUGCCGAAGAGCCCCGCCAAGAAGAGCUCGAGUCAGCGAUCCAGCAGGGACUUGGAGGAAUGUGCCUCUCUCGAUGACAGCGUCGAGAAUCUCGACAGGAAUUCCCUGGCUUCCUUUGGAUCGACAAAUACCACGGACUCUGACAAGACUGGAGUGACCGAAAUGAUGUGGGUUGUCGCCGAUCAUUCGGCAGCGCCCGGUACCCGGGAGCUGACGGUCAGCAAGGGUCAACAAGUUGAGGUUCUGGAGAACGGAAGCGGAAGUACCAGCAGCAUAGGAGCCGAAUGGACCCUCGUGCGGUUGGCUUCGGCACCGGGUCAGGUCGAGUCUCCCCCUGAGGGUCUUGUGCCCACGAGCGCCCUUAAACAACCGCCCACAUCAUCUUGUAAAACAUCGCCGUCCAGGAAGCCGCCCGCACAGACUGGCGUUCAACUCACGCAACAGACCUCCGUCACCUCCGAAGAUACCGAAAUCAUUGGGAGUGACGGAAGCGGAUCCGCAAACACUAGCUCACCCGGAAAUAAGAGGCGGGGAUUUAGCGGGAGGAAAUGGCUUCCACCCCCGUUACGUAAGCUUAGUCAAGGAAAAGUCGAGAAGUCCUCGUCAACAGCAGAUAGGCCUCCGCCGCCUCCACCGCCACCCCCAUUGCUCAAGAAAACUGGCUCGGACAAACGGUUCAAGUUACCAAGCGGGGACAAAUCGGCGGCCCGUGCCGCCUCCGAAGGCGAAGAGGAGGAGGAAAACGAGUAUGAGGACGGAGAAACUCCAGCAUUCCUCGAGCAGAACGGCGGCGAGGAUGCGGAGGACGACCUUGAACUGCCGCCUCCCAUGAAACCCAUUACAGAGCCAAUUCUCGUGACAACCGGAAAUGGCCCCCCUGGCUCAACCGCUCCCGACGAGCUGCCCGGAAAACGAGUCACAUCAUUGAAUACGGAGCGAACCAUAAAAUCUUUAGAUGGUGCCACCCCGGCGGACAUAGCCGAAAUUGAACAAAUCGUUAAGGAAAGAAUGGAGCAGCAUAGUGAGAACCGGGAAAGACACAGUUCGCAAAUGAGGACUCCGAUGAGGUCCUCGACCUCGACGGGUUCCCCGACGUUAUCGUCAACCGCAGCGACGUCCGCCGAUAGCGGAUACAGCGGAGGGAUGGCAGGCAGUGUCUCAUUAACUGAGGGAAAUGAGGAUCCCGAGAGUAUCGUCCUUGCCAAGAGGCAAUUCGUCAUCAGAGAAUUGGUGGAGACGGAGCGAGACUACGUUAACGAUCUGCGACACAUCGUCGAAGGCUACAUAGCUGAGAUGCGAGAUCCCGAAACCGACAUUCCUCUUCCUGAAGACCUCAAAGGCGGCAAGGACAAAAUGGUCUUUGGAAAUAUCGAGGCCAUGUACGAAUGGCACAGGGACUGUUUCCUGAAAGCCCUGGAGUGCUGUCUCGAGAGUCCAGAAGAGCUCGGUCCCCUUUUCAAACGCUACGAGAGGAAGUUGCACAUGUACGUUGUGUACUGUCAAAAUAAACCAGUUUCCGAGUACAUUGUUUCUGAGUACAUCGACACUUAUUUCGAAGAACUCAGACAAAAACUCGGUCAUCGACUUCAACUUUGCGAUUUGCUAAUCAAGCCGGUACAAAGGAUUACGAAGUAUCAACUUUUGCUUCGUGAAGCUCUCCGCUUGACCGAGCGAACUCAGCGAUCUUCGGAAAUCGAGGGACUUCGAGCGGCUGCUCACGUUAUGCGCAUCAUUCCAAAAGCUGCGAACGACAUGAUGGAUGUCGGCAGACUGCAGGGUUUUGACGGUAAAAUUACAGCUCAGGGUAAACUGUUGCUCCACGGUCCGCUAAUGGUUGCCGAGCUCUCAGCCAUGCCUUCUCGCGGACGCGAGUGGCAAGUCUUUCUUUUCGAGCAGAACAUAAUUUUUAGUGAGGCUGUCGGGAAAAAAACGCAGUUUACUAGUCCUGCCUAUAUACACAAAGCUCACAUCCAGGUAAAUAAACUGAGCCUCGAAGACACUUCGGAGGAUCCGGACAAGUUUGUGAUUCGGUCGACCGAUCCUCGGAAACCAGGUCUCGGAUUCGUGUGCAUUGCUGCCGACGAGAGUGGACCGCGCAAACAAGAAUGGGUGGACACAAUCACUGCGAUUCUCCAGACCCAGCGUGAUUUUCUCAAGGCGAUUCAGUCGCCCAUAGCCUACCAGAAAGAACUAACAACCAAAGAUCCACUUCGUGGUGCGACAUCUGACCCAACGCUUCGAGCGGUCACGUCAAUACCGCCAACCCUGACGGUUCCCGGAUCAGCGAAUAAGGAGAGGGACUCUCAGCGAAAUACUCCAGUCAUCCAGCGUUCACGAACUGGAGGCUUGGAGAGCUUGGAGUCUCCCAGGACGCCGAGUCCUACCAAGAGCAAACUCAACUUCCUGGAGGGAUUCAGGAACACUCUACGCGCUCGCUCGCCAGUUCGUUCCAGUUCCGUUCCGGUUGCACCAGGUGCUCGAGUGCGAUUAGCAGCAGACUGGGGAACGCUUCGCGCCGGGGAGGAGUUUGUCGUGACUCGCCUCGACGGAAACGGCCUCGUCGUCUCACCUUCGGAAGGUGCCAAGGAAGAAUCCUGGAUUCCGGCCAGUCUCAUUCCCAAUUCCUCAGUGAGUCGCGCCUGGUCUUUCCGUCCCAGGAAACAGAAUCCCGACAAGAGUUUAAUCCCAGACCCGAAAAAUGAGAUUGGAAAAGCACCGCCCUGCGUUUCCAGUGCGCCUUCUCCCAUAAAAGCGAAUGCUGGCGAGGUGGCGAGGCUGGCCGUUCAAGUCUCAGGAGGAGUCGACGGUGCCGUCGUCUCCUGGAAAAGGGAGGGCGAGGAGUUACUUUUCGAGCUGGACGAUCGACUCCGACUUGGCCAGAGUGCUGGAUUUUAUUAUUUGGAAAUCUCGAGAUGUCGACCUUCUGACUCUGGAGUCUACCAGUGCAAUGUUCAGUGCGAAAAUGGAUCUUGUUCGAGUUCCAUUGCUCUUAGGAUCACAGGAGGAAGCGGGACAACCUGGGCCCGAGUUUUAGAUUCGAGUAGAAUCGAGGUAGACUGGGAAGAUCGCGAAGUGGGAAAAUGCAGCAUCGAGUACAGAUCGUUGCCCUCUUCGAAAUGGACCCUGGCUCUCGAAGAGGUCGAGGGUCCUCCCGCUUUUCUCGAUUUAUUGCCAGGAACCUCCUACAGUUUUCGAGUCGUGGGGAAAAAUGGAAUCACGACUUCCGCCUCCCCGGUAGUGAAUCUCUCUCUGGGCGACGGUACCGCCUGGGAAGCCGAGCAAUUUGUCGCCAGGUAUCUGGAACUUGACGAGCUUGGAAAAGGACGAUUUGCGGUUGUUCGUCGAGCGAGGGAUCGGGGAACGGGACAGGAAGUUGCGCUCAAACAGACACCGAGGCGGAAGCAGUCUCGAUCGAGAUCCAGGGCGGAAUACGAUUUACUGGCUUCCACUCAUCACGGAAAUAUUGUCCGGGCUUUCGCAUUAUUCGAAAAUGCGCCACAGCCCGGAAUCGACACGAUCGUGCUUGAACUAGUUCGCGGUCCCACACUCUUUGCAUAUUUGAGUAAAAAGGCCGAUUAUACGGAAAGUAUGGCGAGUAAAUUCGCAAAUCAGCUUUUGUCAGCUCUACAGUGGCUUCAUCGACGAAACAGUCCUCACUUGGAUCUGAAACCCGAGAAUGUCCUCGUGGACCAGGAGACGGGGAUCGUGAAGCUGAUCGACCUCGGAGAAGCUGUGCGAGGUCCAGUCGACGAAGUUGUGCCUCCAGCCGAUCUAGAAUUCGCGGCGCCCGAAUCGGUUUUGGGACGACCGACCGGACCUUAUACUGACAUGUGGGCGGCCGGAGUAUUUAUUUACGUACUCCUGAGUAGUGGCCUCUCGCCCUUUUUAGACGAUUCAGUGGAAGAAACUACUGCCAAUAUUUUAAAAUGUGAUUUUUGCUUUCCUGACGAGUAUUUCGAGACAAUCUCGAACGAGGGCAAGGACUUGCUCCACCGAUUGUUGUGCUUGAGAGGAGAAGAUCGAGCGAAUGCGGAGACUUCUUUAGCAUCUCCGUGGUUCAAGGUAGCUAAAGGUGCUACGAUAUCCUCGUCUCGAAUGGCAGCAUUUAUCGAACGAAGAGCACAUCGAGAUCACCGUGACAGUUUUUAUUCUUAGUGUGUGUUAAUCUAAUGUAAAAGAAUUUAUAAGAAUGCAGAUAACAAAAUGUAAAUAAUAUA